AUUUCGCAACGGGCUUUAAAAGUUUUCCAGUUGCAAGCUCAAGAAGAAUAUACUCUGGACUUGUAGCGGCCACACGCUUAACUGGCCGUCAUGGAGCUGUUAAAGACGUGGUUGUUGCUGGCUUGUGUUGCUGGAUCAUAUGCUGCUCCUUUGUCGGCAUUGGGAUCCAGGCACUGUUCACGACAGACAUGCAACGCUGAGAACGGCAGAUACGAAGUAGGCCAGAAGUACACGUACCGCUACACCGCUGAAUCGGCAACGUGGAUCAACGGCACUUCAGAGCAGAAGAGCAGUCUAAAGUUUGACUGCAACGCCGAGAUAAGCGCCAUCAGUCCCUGUGAACUCACCCUCACGCUGAAAAAUGUCAACGCGUUCGAGUCCAACGCCAACGGAGACAUGGUGGCGGCAACGGACACCGAUAUGGCUCUGGAGCUGCAGGAGCACGUCCUACGCUUUGCCUUCCACGACGGUGUCGUCACCGACGUCUGCCCUACCGGGAACGAGAAGACAUGGGCGCUCAACUUCAAGCGCGGCGUCCUGUCGGCGAUCCAGGCACCCGUUACGGAGAUACCGGCUGACAAGACGGAAGAAAUGAUCACUGAGACUGACGUUACGGGUAAAUGCCCCACCAAGAUCAGCAGAUCCGAAUUCCCGAGGUCCAUCAUGAAGCACAAAGACUUCAAGAACUGCCAGCAUCACAGCAAGCUAGAGGGCGGUAUGCAGGCCACCAUGCUGAAAGCGGAAGCGCCAUUAUACGACAUUGCGGACUGCUCCCUGGAGUGCGAAGUCUCCUUUGAAGAGAACUCCGACAUUGUCGCUGAGUCCAACUGCAGGGAACGUCAUCUCUCCAAAGCUUUCUCCAAGCAGAGUUCCGGAGCCGUGACCCUAGUCACAGUCAACAUUGAGCUCACGGAAGUCGUGGAAAGAUCCGCACCCAUGAGCACCGUCGUCGAGCGACAGACCACCAUCCUCUUCGACCACGAGGAGACCCAGGUCGAGACGCAGCAAGAAGUCCUGACCAAAGUCCGCGGAAUCCUGACCGCCAUCAACCGCCGGGUGACCAGGACGGUCGGCGUAGACUUGCCCAACCUCUUCUCGGACCUGAUGACCGAGAUGCACAAGAUUGAAACCUUGACCGGCAUGACGGAGCUGAAGAACUUUGCCGAGGCCGAGAGCCAAGCCUUGUAUGAGGUCUUCAAGGAUGCCCUGCCGAUGUGCGAGACCACCGCCAGCAUGGAGAUGAUGGCGGCCAUCAUCAGCGAGGUGGCGGCCUCAUCCGACGAAGCCGUCAAGAAAGCGUUCAACCCGACGCGGAUCGCCUGGCUGACCCUACCCUCCAUGAUCAGUCAUCCCACUAAAGAAAUGAUUUCCGCCCUCAUGCCCCUGAUCCAGACCCUCUCUGUGGAUGACACUGUCUUCUUCCUGCCCAUCUCAUCCCUCAUCAAUCGCUACUGCACCUCCGAGAACCCCUCAUGUCUUGAGGAGGCAGAGGUGCGUCAGGCCCUGGAGUACUUCCAGCAGCUGCUGGGCUACGACUGCACUCCAAGUGAUGAGGUUCCUGCUCUAAAGAUGUUGAUGGCCCUGAAGGCUCUGGCCAACGCCCGUCGUCUGUCCACCGACAGCAAGAUCAGCAUCAUCAGCAAGUGCUUCGAUCACCACAACCCGACCAAGGGAAUGGAGAUCCGGAUUGCUGCCCUGGAGGUCGUCAGGCGCCUCCCGUGCAACCCAGAAUACCAAACGUACGCCAAGGGGAUGUACAAGAACCAGCAUUUUGACAGCGAGCUGCGUAUCGCCGCCUACCGUGCCAUCAUGACCUGCCCCAGCGAGGAUAUCAUGGCCGCUGUCAAGGAAGUCAUGAUGGAAGAGGAGAGCGAUCAAGUUGGGUCCUACGUCUGGACCCAUCUGUCCAACUUAAACGAGACCAGCGACCCGCAGAAGCAGCACCUCAAGCGCUGGGUGCAGGACAGCGGCAUCAUGGGAACCAACCUCAAGCUGGACCUGCGCACGGCGUCCCGCAACGUGGAGCUGUCCUGGUACAAAGAUGAUAUCGCAAGUGGCUUGACCAUUGACGCCGACAUGGUCUUCUCGAAGAAGUCCUUCCUGCCCCGCGAGCUGAAGCUCAACAACACCGUGUCGCUGUUCGGCUACGCUGUCAACCUCUUCGAGAUUGGAGGUCGCAUGGAGGGAAUGCACCAAUUCCUGGAGUCCUUCUUCGGCCCCCGGGGUUACCUCAAGGAGAACUCGGUCCAGGACCUCUUCAAGGAGUACCAGCAGAAGCAGCAGGAGGCCUUCCUGGACAACCUGCCCGACGCCCCGGCUGCCGAGGAUACCCUGCCCGAGGGCCUUCCCGACGGCAUCACCUUGGACAUGUACAACCAGCUGCUGCGCAUGAUGCAGUUCCAGCAGAAGAUCUUCGGCGGCAAGCUGCCGCUGCCCAUCCCCGGUGAGCCCAUGCCCGCCGGCAUGCCCAAGGGCAUGACCCAGGCCAUGUACGACGACCUCCUGGUCUACUUCAUGAGGGAGGGGCUGCCCGGAGCUCGCCAGAAGCGACACCUGAUCAGGGAGACCAGCAUCAACGACAUCGAGUCAGAGUACCAUGCCAAUGUUGAGGACCACCCCCACGCCUCCCUCUACCUCAAGGUGUUCGGCAACGAGCUGGCCUACAUGGACCUGGCGAAGAUCAAGAACAGGCUGACGGAGAUGAAAUCCAGCAUGAACCCAAUGAAGUUGUUGAUGAACCUGGCCAAGGAGCAGACCCACGAGCUGAGCAAGAACGCCCUGCUGCUGGACGGUUCCUGGACCACCCCCACCGCCAUGGGUCUGCCCCUGAAGCUGGCCAUCAAUGGCACCGUCUCCAUGAAGGUCAAGACGGAAGGCAAGAUUGACAUGCGCGGUAUCCUGAUGGCCCCGAGGAGCUUCGAAAUCAACGGUGUGGUCGAGCCCAGCGCUGCUCUGGAGGUGAGCUCCAGCAUGGAGGUGACGGCCCGCCAGACGCGCUCCGGUCUCAACCACGUCUCCCGCCUGCACUCCUCCAUCUCCCUGGGCGGCAAGAUCCAAGUCAGUAAAGGCAAGGCCUUCGUGCUGGAAGUCAACGUUCCUGACCAGAAACAAGAGAUUAUCGACGUCAGCUCCAGCAUCUAUCUCCGGCUUCAGGACGAGUCUCUGGAGCUGCCCGGAAUCCCCGAACGUCUUGAGAGAUCCUUCUGCUCGGGAUCCCUGACCACCAAGUACUUCGGCGGCCAGGUCUGUGCGGAAGUCGCCUUCCCUAAAUCCUACGCCAGUGCGGAAUACCCACUGUACCCUCUGACCGGCCCUGGUCAUAUGCUGGUAACUCUUGAGAAGACCGACCCCUCUCUGAAGACCUGGAAGCUGGAAGGAUCAUACGGACUAGAAAAGGAGACGGUUAAAGGCACCCAAGUAAUCACUGAUCGGUUCCACCUGAUGUUUGGAGCCCCAGACACGGACAUCCCUCGCACCUUCCAAGUUGACGUCUCCUUCAAUCGCAACGACAAGGAGCUGAAUUUCAAUGUCAUCACGCCGAUCAAAACCAUCGAUUUGUAUGGCAAGGUCGUGAACAACCCAAUGCUGCGCAAACUGGAGACCUCGCUCACCUUGGACAAGACCAGCGUCUACACGCUGGACGCGGAGGUCGAGUCCCGCCCGACCGUGGCGGACGGCGAUCCCGUCAUCAAUUUCUACCCGCGCAUGGACAUCACCAGCCCGCGGGGCAACGUGCUGACGUACCGCAGCUCCAUCAGCGUGCGGGACGGCCAGCAGACGCGCGUCAACAUGUGGAUGUCGCUGGACAGCCCGCGGACCGCUCUUUUUACCGUAUCAGGUGACGUCGUUAAGACCGAGAGCUCAAGGAAGGUGCGUUACAGCAGCGACCUUCAGAUCAGCGGCCGCUACGUCAACGUGAAUGUUACCGCCGCCUGGCAGAAGCAGAAACGAGACAACAUCAUCAACGUGGAUGCCACGGUCCUGAGACUCGUCAAUGGCGCGAUUGUCAGGGACAUCGUCAUCAACGCCAAAUACACCAACAAGACAACAGAGGAUCAGAAGGAGUGGGACUUGAAGACGGAAUGGAUGUUCGCUCGCUACCCUCUCCUGAGCUUCCUGUUUGAGUACGAGUACACCGGCACCUCGCGUUCCUCCGAAGCGACUAGCAAGAUGUGCUACAGAUACAACGGAGAAGAGUGCAGCCAAGAUACAAAGGUUGUCAUGAGCCAUCUCCUCACGUGGGAAUCUUCCGAGACUCAGACCAUCGAGAAUCUGAACUUCAAGAUCCGCAACCCAGCCAACAACAUCCAUCUGGAGUUCCAGCAGCACGCCAUCUCCAACGCCACCCACCCGGUGGAUUUCUCCUUCACCGUCCUCAACAAGACCUCAGAGCUGGAGGUGCUGAACGCCGGCCUGCGCACCCGCACCCUGAGCCAGGAGCCCAUCAAGGGCGACUUCGAGGCUUCCCUGCGGAGCCAGACGUGGCGCUACGCUAUACAGGAGGACUGGGACAUCGUCAAGGGCGGCCGGGCCGUCCUGAACACGGCGCUCCACUGGGAGGACCAGCAGGCAACUUUCGGCAUUAACUACACCCCGACGUCAGAUGAGGAGACGGGUCUGGAGCGUUACGACUUCAACACCUUGCUGACCUACCCUCUAGGACGUGUCACCGUCGACUGGUACGCCUGGAAGAGAGGAUAUGAUGUCUCCCAUGGGGCCUCCGCAUCCCUCAUUGACCAGUCCCUGUUUGCUUAUCGUAUAGAUUUCACCAACCACACCGUGAUCUCCAGCCGCCCCGACAUCAAUCUGGAUGCUUCCUUCAACCUCACUCGCCCCAUGAGCCCCAUCUCGGUGGUGCUACAUGCCAGCAACAAGAACAGCGAUGUUAACUUCGGGUUCAACGUCACCCGGGGAAACACCAAGGCUUUCACGUCUGGCUACAGCCAGACAGUGGCCCUUGGCAUAGACAUGCUUCCCAUGAUCUACAUGAAGAUCUUUGCCGAUGUGGAAAUCCCGGAGAAGGAUUUCAGUCUUGCCAUCUCUCAAGUGUCUUCCAAGACUGGGCUGUCGUCCAAACAGGAGCAGUCAGUACACUUCAAUAGCAGGCUGGUUUACUACCAAAAUACCAUCAUGACCUUGGUCACAAAUGAAGAAACAGGAAGGUAUGACGUGACAUACGACGUCACCCAAAAUAUGACCUAUCCGCUGCCCGAGUAUGACUACCGAUUCAUCUUCAGUAUGAUCAGCGGCAACGUUGACACUCAGCUUACCAUCCACCGAGCUAAGAUUCCCGUCUGUUUCCUGAAAGUCGACUACGACCUGAAGACACCGGGAGCUGACGAGAAGGAUGGAAAGAACAGCCUGAUUGAAAGAACCGACCGUCACGAGGUCCGAAUCAUCCUCAGAACCCCGCUGGCCGUCAUGAAGGACGUCCAGUGGAACGGGACCCUUGACCUGGCCCAGACCAGCUUCGACUUCGAGACCCGUCUGCUGUACUUCCCCGAUCAAGAAAAGCCCUUCGUUAUGACCAUCAACUACCAGGACAAAGGCAACGAGUUGGUCACCCACAAGGAGCUGACCACGUCCUUCGAGACCCAGAAACGCCGCGUCAGCAUCUUCAACAUGGCCAAGUUCGACCUGGGUUCGGGCAUCAUCCAGGGCACGACCUCCGUCAAGAUGGGCGCCCUGAAUGCCAAACCGGACAACUUUGAGCUCAACGUGGAAUACACCAACAAGACAGAAGACCAGACCGUCUCCAACAAGCUGGUGCUGACCCUCACCUCCCCGGACAACGUCAUCAAGACGGAAGGCAGCGUGAGCUACAUCGAGUUGACCUCCUACACCACAGCCUUCUCCGUCCUAGUCUCAGAGGAGCCCAUCUAUUCCAGCACGACCGUCUUCACCAAUAACUCGGACAGCAACCAGAAGGCCUAUGAUGUGGACACCACCGUCAACUACUUCGGCUACGGGUAUCGUAUCCACACUGUUCACAUCCAGGACGCCGACUCCUUCCACCCCAACGUCAAGGUCUACCGUGUCGAUGAGACCGACCCCAUGGCCGAGGCUGACGUGGCUUACACCAGGGCCGGCCAGUCACCCAAGACCCACACCGUGAUGCUGACCCUGAAAUCUAAAGGAGAAGCACAGAUGACCAUCAACACGGUGUACACCAACGGCUCCAACACCCAGAACGUUCACGUCAUCAUCUCCACCCCGCAGGACCAGCAUCUAGACAUUGUCUUCAACCUGGCCACAGGAUCCUCAGAGACCGAAUCGGAAGCCUACGACGUCACAUUCCAAGUCGACAACACCUACCUUCCAAACCGACAGUUUGAGCUGACCACUCACUUCAGCAUCGGCAGCGCCCAGUACAACCUGAAUACUGACAUGAGAAUCUCACAGGAGCACAUGAUGAACAUGGUGUACCGGUGUGAGGACACCUCCCCGUCAGACACGCACACCAAGAAGACCACCCGUUUCCAGAUGAGCUUCCCCCAGCUGGCUGACUAUCCAACCCUCCUCAACCUGGGGCUCCGCCUCGACCAGGAGGACCGGCGGGACGUCAGUGUGAUGCGCAAGGGUGAAUUCCGCUGGGGCCAGAUGACCGACGCGGAGGCCGUGGCCCUCACGGUGACCGCCCAGAGCGACUUGCUGGAGGUCCAGGUGGCUCACCCCAUGAACGUGCCGUCUCUCCCCAACGAGAUCAACGUGAUACUCCGGAACAACACCGAUGCGACCGCUAGAGGCUCAUUUGAAAUUCAAGUCAACGAGGAGGAUGUGAAACUCAUGAUGCUGUCGGGUUCCUACGCACGCGUCGACGGGAACGACAAGAAACGCCGCGCAAUCCUGGCCUUCACCAGACCAGCACAUCCAGACAUCCAAAUCACGUUGGAUGCUGAGUUGAUGAACGAGAACAGAAUCUUCGGCUCGGACCUGACGAUUAAGUACAGCGAAGAGGAGAAUAGACUGGUCACCGCCAUGAUUGAGGUCGUUAACCAUACCAGCGCGGACAGCAUGGGAUGGGACAUCAACACGGCCAUGCGACACUUAGUCAGUGGGUUGGACAUGAGCACGGCACUCUCUGUCAUGAACGACAAGAAGGCAGUUUCGGCCGGUAUCGAGGGAGAGAUUCUCGUCGAUGGCGAACCAAGACCCUUCAACUUUGAAGUCAAGUGGGACAAGGAACAAGAGAAAUACACCGUCAGGUCGGACUCACCUUGGAAUGAGAUGGUUUUCACUGGACAGUUUGAGGACCGCUCGUACUCCGACUACAAGAUUUACCGCGUGACCAUGACCAACACGUACAGGGACAACCGCAUCGUCAGGUCCAUGUUUGAGUUCAACAGCCAGUUGAAGGAGAUCUCCUAUAUGGUCAAUCACAACCCCGACAAAGCCAACGAUUUUAUGCGGUUCCGAGCCGGUUUCCUGAACGAGACCGCCCUGCUUGCCAUGUUGGAUUCUGAAAUUGACGGUCAGUACGCCCAGGACGCUAGAUUCCUUUUGGCACUGGAAUCACCCAAGAUCCUCCAGACCCAUAUUCAGUGGAAUCCCAAUUGGGUGGAAUACAUCAGCGAGAAGUACAUAGCCGGCUACGACAGGCUGACGAGAGAGUUAGAAGCACGACGCGUGGACAUGGAAGCAAGCCGAACGAGUUUCGGGGAACGCAUCUGUGCUUCCUACAACGACUUCCUGGCCAGCAACUCUGACAUCAAGACCGCUCUGGAAGACAUGAAGGAGGCAUUCCUCGUCAAAUACGAGGCCAAGAAGGCGCGGUUUGAAGUUAUGAAGGAGGACUUUAAGACAAAGUGGGAGAAUUACUUCAACCAGCUGACCCAAGACUUGGCACCUUACCAAGAGACUCUGAUGCAGAGAUUGGAUAAUCUGAGGAUCAGGUACAGGGAAUGGCACAUGGACAUGACCGCAGCCGCAGAAGGUUACUUAACGACCACCGAACAGCGCGUGAAGGCCUUCUACAACAUGCACGUCAAGCCCAUCUUCGAGGAGCUGAAAGAGUUGUUCGACAGCCUAGCCGAGCAGCACCGUGUCCAGCUGGACCUGUUGUUCCCCGCAGUCAGGCCGUACGGUGACAGCUACCUCAUCCCCAAACCGGAGCCUGAACCCAAUCAUCCGCCCAAGUAUAUGGUCGGGGGCAAAGAAGAUUACAUGUCUCUGGGGGAAGUCGUGCAGACGGCAAUCAAAGUGCCAGGGGAGAGGGAGAUCAUCUUCAGCACCCGACUGACACGCCUGCGACAGCUGAAGGUCUGGAAGGACAUCGAACGGCUCUGGAAUGAGACGAAAGCCGAACUUGAAGCCAUCUUUGCCGAGAUAGACGGAGAAUUCAAGCAGUCCAAUUUCUACCUGGAUGUUUUGGAGCAGUGGGAAGUGCUGAAGGAACAGUACCCCGUAGAGCAGUGGUGGGCCGACAUUCUGAUGAGGUUGGAGGAGAUCAAGGAAUCCGAGGACAUUCAGGAGUUGAUCGCUACAUUUGAAUUGCUGAAGGAAGAGUUGAGUGUCCCGACCAUCGACACCGAAGCCGGCCUGACCCGGAUCCGGGAGCGCAUCGCCAGCUCCCUGCAGGGCUACGGACUGGAGAUCCUGGAAUACCUGAAGACCCCGACCUACGAGCUGGUCCGCUACGACCUGGAGAACGGCGAGAUCCUGUUCCGCCUCUUUCUGCCGAUGGAAGUCCACAGCCUGCAAGAGGUCCCCGAGUCUUGGCGCCAGAUGGAGAUGCUGCGCCGUCUGCGGGAGCUGAUCGCGGAGGUCCGGGAGCGGUCCAAGCGCACCUUGGGCGAGAUCUCCAUGGCCGACGGCACCACGCGCAGCAUGUACGAGCUGAUGUUCAACGAGCCCAUGCUGCUGUACCGCGAGGGCAACGUCACCCAGUGGUUCCUGGGGGAGAAGAUCAAAGCGCAGCGCAAGUUCUGGGAAGCGAUCCAUCUCGCCAAGAUGUACAUCAAUCCCGUCAACUGGAUCCCGCCCCACCAAGCCAAUGCCAUGAUCGUCGGUGCCAAUCACUACAUGACCUUUGACCGGACCUUCUACGACUUCAGCAGUGGCUGUAGCUACCUCCUGGCCCACGACUUCAUCGACGGCAACUUCACGGUGGUCGUGGAGUACAACCGCGACGGCGGCACCCGAACCAAGAGCAUUGUGCUGUACUUAAACUCAACCGCCAGUUUUGAAAUUCAGAGCGACUUUACGGUGAUGAUGGGCAAGCAGUUCUUGGAGCUCCCCGUCCAGCACGGACGCACCACCAUCACCCGCGACGUCAACAACGUCCGCAUCCACAACACCAACGGCAUCACCAUCACCUGCCACGUGGCCCACGACCUGUGCACCGUCAACGUCAGCGGCUGGUACUUCGGCAAGACGGCCGGUCUCUUCGGCACCUACAACUACGAGCCCCGGGACGACUUCACCACGGCCGACGGGGACAUGGCGCGCCACAUCGACGACUUCGCCCGCAGCUGGAAGGUCGGCAAGCGCUGCUCGGGUUCCGCCACCGAUCCGCUCCCAGAAUGCAACAGCGACCCGGAGGAGGAGGCCAACGCGCUCUGCUCCGCCCACUUCUUGGAUGGCACAUCCAGCCUGACUCAGUGCCUCGGAGUGGUGGACCCUGCGCCGUUCUAUUCUAUGUGCGCCGGCAAGAUGUGCGAGUUGUCAGGGGAGCAGCGUCGGGAGGAAGCCUGCCGCGCCAUUAAGGCCUACGUGGAUGAGUGCAACCGGCUGGGAGUGGGCAUCGUCAUGCCUGACAUGUGUGUGGUGUGUGAUUCCCUUGACGGCCAGUUCACGCAGGGUGAGCUUAAGAACCUGUCUUCCCCAGACGUCAUCCCCAGGUCAGCCGAUGUCAUUCUGAUCGUUGAGGAGAAACGCUGCAAUGCGGACAAGCUGGAACACAUUGCCGAAAUCGUGGACAUUCUGGACACCCAGCUAAAGAACACCCGGCAGUUCUCUGACAACCGGUUCGGUCUCCUGGGCUUCGGAGGCGAAGGAAUCCACGACCUGCCACACAUCCACACCAUCGACGGCCAACUCUUCAACGAGAAGCGCCCUCUACGCUUCCAGGGCUUGCCCGAGCUGGAGUUUGCCGAGGAUGGCAGCAACGACACCUUUGCGGCCAUCUUGGCCGCUGCCAACUACCCCUUCCGCGCCGGCGUCGCCAAGAACAUCAUCCUGUUGUCUUGCUCCGGCUGCCAGCGUCUCUACCACGUGGAUAAGUACUACAAGGACGUGGCCCGUGUGCUGCUCAGACAGGGUAUCCAGUUGAACCUGCUGAUGGACGCCGAGUUGGAGCUUGUACCUACUCGCGGCAAGAACACCUCCCCCAAGAACCAGGUCAUCUACGGUGUCGACAACCGCACCGUCUUCACCAACAAGGCCCUGAGCUCGGGCAGCCUGAUCGGCGACAAGUCCCUGCGCAAGCUGGUCAACGAGCCCAUCAACCAGUGCGCGCUGCUGGCCUACGAGUCCGGCGGCGCCCUCUUCGACGCCACCAAGAUGGAUCAGAAGAAGUUCGCCGACGUGCUGACCCAGCGGAUGGUGGAGCACACGGUCGUAGAGCCGUGUCAGGUCUGCAGCUGCCGCGGCGACGUGGACGACGUCGGACACGCUAUCUGCGAGCCGUGCCGCAUCUUCGAGAAGUACUCCUGGGUCUUUGAUAUGGAGCGUGCUGUUGCGGAGGCCGAUUACUACGGACGACAUGGCAUCCAGUCCUUCGUGGAUUACCUAUACACCCCAUCCACAGCCCUGGACACACAGGUCAACAACACCCCCAAGAAUCAACCCUAGGGACAGAGUCAACUAGAGUGGGAAUGAGAAUGCGGACGAACAAAAAAAAAAAAUACGGUCCUGAUGCAAAAAAAAAAAAAAAAUGUGUAUGUUUGUUAACACUGUCUGGAAACUGAUCAUGUUUUUCUAAUUUUUUUUUUCACGUUUUAUACUUUUAUAAACAAAUUACGUAAGCCAAGAUGUAAAAAAAAAAAUUUUAAAAUAAAAACUGUGAUUAUUUACCACAAAUUGCCUUACUUGUUUCGCCAGGUUUUGGGGAAAAUUCAGUAUUAAUAUGCAACAGUGAUAUCUUUUCUCCUUUUUUUUUGCAUUAUAGUAUUUUUUUGUUGAUUGUACACACUUGACGUUUUUGUAGUAGGUAUCGCAUGUGUAGUGCACGUUUCAUUAGCUCCUUUUGUUGGCUUCAUUAUCUACAAAGGUACAUCGUUAUAUCUGGAUAUUUUGCUGCGUUUGGUUUAUUCAUUAGGAGUUUUGUCCAAAAAAAUACAUAACAGACCUUGUUUGUACAAGAAGGAAUACCUUCUCAAUUUAAGAAACUUCAGGAAAAAUUUGUUUCGCUUGCUUUUACAGAUGAAAAGAUCACUGCAAUUUUUGUUAAAUCAGUGGAUUUGUUUAUGUACGUAGAUGAGGCUGUUCUUGUACGUAGUUAAGUCUCUGCAGGGCUUAGUUUUACACUCAAAAAACACAGAUUAACUAUUUCAACUAUUGUUUUACAUUUGGAAAGAAUUUUUUUGAAUUUGAUGCUUGUUUGCUAACUGUUCAAUAAUCUUGUCCGUAUCAGAAUUCUCACACACUUUAUCGUUUUGAUGUGUGAAAAGUUUUGUGGUGGUUGGUUUUUUUUCUCCAUUUUUUACAGCCGGAGAAAGAUUCUACCUCUGUGGUACUAGAUUACGUUAUGUAGGCAUUCUUACAAAAAUAUAACAAAUCCUUGUGCAAAUUUAGGUUAAACGAUCAGAAAUAUUUUCAUAAAGAAAAGUGGACUGAGGAACGUGUACAUUGCGUAUGAAGAAAGUAGUGUGUAGAGGGCGCUACUUAUGCAGAUCUUUUAACAGCAGAGCGCCCAGAAUGAGUAAGAUAAUAGUGGUAAGAAUGCUGCAAAUACAAUGCAAAUUAUUUUUUUUUCAAAAUAUUUUUUUUUUUUUUUUUUUUAAUUAGAAGCAAACAUUUUGAGCACAAAUCAAGUUACAUCCACGUUCUAGUUGUGAGUCUGAACUAGUUACUUAAAUAUUGGCUGGUUACAUCCGAUUUUU